CGUAUUCCUGAUAAAGAACAUCUUGCUUCUCUGUCCUCAUUGCUAACCAUUCCUCUCUGACCCCUUUGCGUUGAAUUGUUUUCCUCCUACUAGGCCGAUGGCUUCGAGACAGCCUAGCCUGUUGUGCAACCGUCCCUCCAAGUGCUGACGCUCCUCCGUGCAUAUCUCUAGACAUACAAGCGGAUACUCAACAUCGAACCUCGAGCCUGCCAACCAUGGCAGACAACACCCUCAGAAGCCGGACGACGCACUCCGCUGUGACUAAUGGACCCAAAGACACAACAAACGGUAGCCCGGUGGCCCCUAAAGAAGAACCACAUCCGGCUGGAGAGGUCAAAUAUGGUACCUUCAGCCAAAUACUUCGUGCUCUCCUCCUCUUGACGUGGUUCAACUGCGGCUGCGUCUCAAUCAAUGUGACGCAGUUCCUGGGCGCGCCACUCUAUUGGUGGAACAAGGACUACUACUAUGCAUACAUGGCGUUGACCAAACAGUCGUUUGGGGUAGUGGGCAUUGCUGGGACAAGGUGGUUUGCGUCGACCAAAGUCAGAGUGAGUUGGGAUAAAGAUCUACGGGGACAAUUCUCCAAGAACAAGUCUGGCAGGUUGGAAACCUCUUUUCCGGAAAGACUCGUCUAUAUUGCUAAUCACCAGGUGUACACCGAAUGGCUGUAUCUCUGGUGGAUAGCAUACACGAGUCGGAUGCAUGGCCAUAUAUUCAUCAUCCUGAAGGAAUCGCUCAAGUAUGUUCCUGUGCUGGGCCCUGGGAUGAUGUUCUACGGAUUUAUCUUCAUGGCACGCAAAUGGAUCCAGGACAAACCGCGUCUGCAGCAUCGAUUGGAGAAGCUGAAGACGCGGCACGGCGGUCCCAUGUCCGGCUCACAAGGUCUCGAUCCAAUGUGGUUGUUGAUAUUCCCAGAGGGCACCAAUCUUGCAAGGAACACGAAGAGAAAGAGCCGCGAAUGGGCCGAAAAGCAAGCGAUCCCAGACAUGAAACACCUUCUGCUUCCACGAAGUACAGGUCUGUUCUUUUGUCUUCAACAAUUGCAGGGUACAGUCGACUGGGUUUACGAUUGUACCAUUGCAUAUGAAGGAACGCCGAAAGGAGGCUUUGCCCCAGAAUAUUUCACAAUCCGCUCGACAUAUCUACAAGGUCGUCCGCCAAAAUGCGUCAACAUGCAUUGGCGCCGCUUUGCGGUGUCUUCCAUCCCCCUUUCUGAUGCCAAAGAAUUCGAAGCUUGGCUGAUGGAGCGUUGGCGAGAGAAGGACGAACUCCUCGAACAGUGGUAUGAGACUGGUCGAUUCCCUGCCGAUCCCGAUUCAGCGGACACGGGAAAAGGCAUCUCAAAGGAUGGGUUCAUCGAAACCGAAAUGACGCUCAACAAUUGGAUGGAAAUUGGACAAAUUUUUGUCGUGCUAGCCGCAGUCGCUCUAAUGGUCAACGUGGCAGUGAAAGCAUUUGGCAUCUUUAAAGUCUUGAAGUGAAAUUGGCUGGGCCAUUCCAUUAGAACAUGGCGUUGACAAAGAAGGACUCAGGCCGCAUAUUCAGGAGCAAAGCGGCGUUUCUUGGACGUUUCUGUCUCAUAUUCACCAAACUCAUUUUUAUCACUAUGACUAAAGGAGCCUUUACUCGCAGGGCGCCCAGUUUUACAGGUAGAACUCUUGAACUCUCUAGACUAGAAAUUAUACAAGCCGUGGUAAUUUCGUA